UCCAUGUCAAACAAGAACGAAGCGGUAAACGAGUGCUACGCCUCUGUAUAUGUGUGUGUUGAAAUAUUUUGAGUUGUUGUUCUGGAGCUGGAAAGGAUCUAGUCUACGGUAACGGUAAUGCAAUGGAGAUGAGAUUAGGGUAAUUGCUGAAAGUGAUGUGUGUGGUGUUUAAUUGUGAAACUGCUUUAUGAAACCUAACAAGAACAUUCAAGUUUCUGGUGUUGUGCAUAACUUGAAGACGUAAGAUGCAAUGGUAUAACAGGACGCUGGACUACAGGUUUGUCCAAAUGAUCGGGACUGUGGUCACAUUACUACUCCUGGUGGUUAAAGUGUCACCACAAGAGAGACCUCCCAUCAAUGACGUUGAUCAAAAGAGACCCACAGGAAUUGACUGGUCAUCGAGAAACAAUCAGCAGUGGGAGAACAACAUGAUAAUCAAUGAAGCGACGUACUUUAUAAUUGCGAGUCGCAUGGUGAGGCCAGGCAUCGUGUACCGAGUCUCGGUGUUGGUGCUCCAGGCUCCGCUGCCCCUUACUGUCAGAGUUGCUAUCCAGAGGAAUGGUGUCGAGAUCAGUGGGGAGAGUCAGGAUGUCAAAGAAGGUAUCCAAGAGACAAUCAUCUUGAGGAUUCCUGCAACUAGUGUUACCGGGAUUUACAAGUUGCGUAUAGAAGGCAGCUAUGACAAACUUAUGGGAGGAAUGGCAUUCGUCAAUGAGACGUACCUCACUUUCUCUCAGAGAUCUAUGACAAUCUUCAUUCAGACUGACAAGCCAGUGUACAUGCAGGGGGAUACAGUUCGAUUUCGCACAAUUCCCAUCAAUACGGAGCUGCGAGCCUUCGAUGACGCUGUGGAUGUGUACAUGUUGGAUCCAAACAGGCACAUCAUGAGGAGGUGGCUUUCCCGACAGUCAAAUUUUGGCACUGUGAGCUUGAGCUACCAGCUUUCGGACCAACCCGUGUUCGGGGAGUGGAUCAUCCAGAUUGUUGCACAGGGGCAGAUUGAGGAAGGAACGUUCUUGGUGGAGGAAUACUACCAGACAAGAUUUGAGGUGAACGUCACAAUGCCAGCAUUUUUCUUUGACACGGAUAGAUACCUGUAUGGUACUGUGAUGGCAAAUUACACAAGUGGAGCUCCAGUCCGCGGGAACCUCACACUGAAAGCUACUAUCCGACCCAUCAAACCAGCAUAUCGAAAUGUGGAUCGCAAUCCAGUCGUGGAAAAGUACUUCAAUUUUGAUGAAAAGUACCCUUUCUGGUUCCCGUCUUUUCACAGUGAUAGACAGUGGGAUCCAGUACCCCACCUGAAAUACUUCUAUGGAGUUUACCAUUUCCGGUAUCCUAUCACAGAACUGGAACAGUUUGUGCCAACUCUAGAAGGAAUGGAGGUGACGGUAACAGCUACGGUUGGCGACCGUUUUCUGGACGAGAUUAUAGAGGGUUACUCCACAGCUCAAAUAUUCAACUCUUCCAUCAAAGUUGCAUUUCUUGGUGGGUCUCCACAAGUUUUCAAGCCGUCCAUGCCCUUCUACUGUUACGUUGCAGUGUCAUUCCAAGAUGGGUCACAUCUUCCUCGUGAACGCCUACUACAAAGUAGGAUGGAGAUUAGAUCAGAAGUUGUUACUCGAACUGGUGGCCGGAGAAGCCUUGAUUAUCAGGAACUUAAAAUGUCAGCUGAGAAAGUCGGAGUUUGGGAAAUGAAAGUGGAUCUUAGAACUCAGCUUGGUUAUGAUGAAAAUCAGCGAGCCAGAGAGCUUUUGAUUGACAUCCAGUCAAUGCGAAUCACAGCUGACUAUUCUGAUAACACAGGUGAAAGAGCAACGUCAACCAUGCUGUUAAUGUCUCACUUUUCUCCCACAAACCACCACAUCAAAGUGUCAACAUCAACACGAGAUGCUAAGGUUGGGGAAUACAUCAUCCUACAUGUGCAGAGCAAUUUCUACAUGGAGAUGUUCCACUUCAUUAUCAUGUCGAAGGGCAUCAUCUUGCUCAGUGGUGAGGAGAAGAUGCAGUCUACAAUACGGACUUUUGCCAUUACUCUGAGUGCUGAGAUGGCACCCGUUGCAACUGUCCUGGUGUACCAAGUUGGACGGUAUGGGGACAUCGUUGCAGACAGUUUGACGUUCCCCGUCAAUGGCAUCUCUCGCAACAAGUUUACUGUGUUCAUCAAUAACCGGAAGGCGAGAACAGGAGAGAAGGUUGAAGUUGCCAUCUAUGGGGAACCCGGAGCAUAUGUUGGACUGUCUGGUAUUGACCGUGCUUUCUACACCAUGCAGGCUGGCAAUGAGCUCACGUAUGCUAAGGUUAUAACAAAGAUGGGGACAUUUGACGAAGAAACUAAUGGUACAUUCAUUCACAAAUGGUUUUCUCAUGAAGGCAACCCAGAUGAGAUAGUGUAUUUUCCUUCAUCUACUUAUGGCAUUGAUGCUAACCGCACAUUCGAAUAUGCAGGCCUUAUAGUGUUCAGCGAUGUACUGGUACCUCGUCGACCGGACUUCUGUAAUGUGACACAAGGACUGCAUGAGUGUCUGGAUGGUCGUUGCUAUCGGAUUAACAAAAAAUGUGAUGGAGUUCUUGACUGUGAAGAUGGGACCGAUGAAGCCAGUUGUGGAUACUACAAUGAAACAAGAUUGACGCUGUUCCGCAAAUUCCGCUUUAGUCGAAUCAAGCGACAAUAUGAAAAUGUAUGGUUGUGGAAAGAUGUUAAUAUUGGUCCUCAUGGGCGCUACCUCUUCACCGUUCCUGUUCCUGAACGUCCUGCCCACUGGAUGGUGUCUGCCUUCAGUGUGAGCCCAACUAUGGGCUUUGGAAUGCUUCCUACAGCAAUUCAGUAUGUUGGGGUGCUGCCAUUUUUUAUUAACGUGGAGAUGCCCACAACAAGUCGGCAAGGAGAGCAGGUGGGAAUCCGAGUAACCGUCUUCAAUUACAUGCCUUCACCAAUUGAGGCAACGGUGGUGCUGGCAGGGUCUCCCGACUACAAGUUCGUUCAUGUCGGAAUGAAUGGAAUUGUGAGGUCAUACAAUCCAGAAACAUCAUUCGGGGAGCACCAGUUCUUUAUCUACAUCAACGCACAAGAUGCACAAAUAGUUCAUGUCCCCAUUGUUCCAACACGCCUUGGAGACAUACAUGUGACUAUACACGCCUCAACUCUCAUUGGAAAGGACACCGUUACCAGGAAGCUGCAUGUGGAAGCUGAUGGGUUGCCACAGUACAGGCACCAGUCCAUCUUGCUAGAUCUCAGCAACCGGGCAUACGUAUUCCAAUAUCUGCAUGUGAAUGUGACAGAGACGCCCAUCAUCCCAUAUAAUGAAGAUCGUUACUAUAUUUAUGGUUCAAAUAGGGCAUUUGUGUCUAUUGUUGGUGAUGUCGUUGGACCAAUUUUCCCCACCAUGCCUGUCAAUGCUACAUCUCUCCUUAACUUGCCCAUGGACAGUGCUGAGCAGACUGUGUUCAGUUUUGCUGCUAACAUGAUGACUACGAUGUACAUGCGUCUCAUCAACCAACGUAACAGGACUCAGGAGAAACAUUCUUUCUACCACAUGAACAUUGGGUACCAGCGCGCGUUGUCUUUCAUGAAGAAAGAUGGGUCUUUCAGUUCCUUCAGGAGUGACUGGAACCAGUCGGCAUCCAGUGUGUGGCUGACAGCGUUUGUUGCCCAGGUGCUUCAGGAAGCAAGUUUCUAUGAGUGGGAAAACUUCAUUUAUAUUGAUACCGAGGUGAUCUCUAAAGCUGUGUCAUGGGUUCUGAAGCAUCAGACGUGGGACGGAGCUUUUUAUGAGGUGACGUGGUCCCCAGAUCGUAAGAUGAACGACUCUCUGGUGUGGCCCGAUGAUCACGUGAAGUUCCGCAACAUCUCCCUGACUGCACACGUUCUCAUCAUGCUGGAAACAGUUAAAGACUUAACAGGGGGCUUAGGGUCACAGGUGUCUACAGCCCAGAACAAGGCAAUCAGGUGGCUGGAACGUAACUUAAAGCUUCUGGAUGAACAUGGCGAACCUUUUGAAGUAGCCAUUGUUGCUUAUUCUCUAUUGCUGAGUAAAGCAUCAACAGCAGAAACUGCAUUUGGCAUCCUUGCCAAACAUGCUCGACGAGAAGGUGGUUUAAUGUACUGGGCGAAAGAAGCUGUGCCUCCACCACCGUACAAAAUGGAAAAUCAAAAGCCAUUCUCUUUGCCAAGGCUUCCAUAUAAAUAUGACUCAACUAACAUACAGGCCACAGCUUACGCUCUACUGACUUAUGUAGCUCGACAGGAAUUGAUGAUUGACCCCAUUGUGAAGUGGCUCAAUUCCCAGCGGCUAACGGAUGGAGGUUGGGCAUCCACACAGGAUUCUGCAGUAGCAAUGAAGGCUUUGGUUGAGUAUACAGUGAGGCAGCGAAUUCGUGAUGUGUCGUCCUUGUCUGUGACUGUGGAAGCCACGUCACUUCAAGGUCAUGUCAGGAAUCUAUAUGUCAAUGAGAAGAAUCUUGCCCAGCUCCAGAGAAUAGAGAUUCCUGAGGCAUGGGGCACUGUAAAGGUACAGGCCAAAGGAGCUGGCUAUGCCAUUCUACAGAUGUCAGUGCAGUACAAUGUGGACAUCGGCAAGUUCCAGACAGAACCACCAGUGCGAGCUUUCUCACUGUACACACGAGCCGACUUUCAUGGCAGGAAUCAGUCUCACAUCACAUAUCACUGCUGCCAGAGGUGGACAAAUUUGAAUGAAUCUGUACGAUCAGGACUGGCUGUGUUGGAUGUUACAAUUCCUACGGGUUAUAUAGUCCAGCAGCAAGAUCUUGAUGGAUACAUUCGCUCAAGACAAGUUCGUAAUUUGCAACGUGCUCGUUUCCAGGAACGCAAAGUUCUCUUCUACUUUGACUUUUUGGAUAAGAAGGAUACAUGUGUCAACUUCACAGUAGAGCGGUGGUACCCAGUUGCCAACAUGUCUCGGUAUCUCCCUAUUAGAGUGUAUGAUUACUAUGCGCCAGAACGUUUCAAUGAGACCAUCUUUGACUCACUAAACACAUAUUUGCUGAACAUCUGCGAGGUGUGUGGGAGCAGCCAGUGUCCGUAUUGUCCGAUUUACAACCUGGCCACUGCCCUCCCAGUUCCUGUCACAGUGAUACUAAUGACUUGUAUCAUCACAAUACUGCGGCACUUUCGUUCCACCUACCUGUAAUACGUGUGAUGAACAGCUAGCAGCGUGGGACUUUCAAAUGAGUGUUCUGUUGGUAAUGUAUUUGUACAGGUGGCGUUGAUGGAGGUAACAAGGAAAGUAGAGGAAGCAAGCCAUAAAUACUUAACUGCAUUAAUUCAGGAAAAGUCAGGUUAUGUCACAUAAGUGUGUGAGUGAAAAGGAAUUUGGAAAGGUAAUUAGGAAAGACAGGCCACCUUUACAUUUUUAUCUACCCCUCUUUGUGUAAUCUCACAUUCUGAUAUUAGGUCUUAUUCCUGACCUACUUUGAUUUGAAGUUGGCAUCCAUGCAGAUCUGAGUUGGAAUAGCUUUAAUCACUGGAGUGAUGUACUGCAAGUUCGAAAAUUGGUGUAUAAUUGCCAGCCAACAGACCAUGAUUGGCUAGGAGCUGUUUACCUGGGAUUGAAGCAGCCAAAGUAGGAAGGUGACCACCUACCUCCAAGUAGUGCCCAGGUUAAGAAAGCAUUGAGCUUUACCACCACUGCACCCAUAUUCCUUCAUGGUAUGGUCAUUAGGAUAACUUUACUUUUAGAAUGCAAACUUAUUUAUGCAAGUCUGCAAGUUCUUUGAAGUAUUUAAUUUUGUCUGUAUGGAUUUAUACCUCAUCAUUUAAAGUGCCAUAAUAUGUAAUAUUCAGAUGUAUCUGAAUAUUGGUGGGUUAUGGACUGAGUAUCAAAGAUUUAAUUUCUUGCAGAAGUGUUGAAUUUCCCUCCUCACCACGUUCAGAAUCAUUCUGGUUUAGCGUGUUUCCUGCCCUUUCGUGAGCAGAGCUACAGAGCCUGAAGCUAUUACUAUGAUUAUUCCUAUCCUUGGAAGGUUUUCCUUCUGUGCCACGUAACAAAUAAGGAAGCUUCCGUACUUCCAAAACACUUAACACAUUCACUGCCAAGCUUUUAAAUACAACCAUUAUAUUAAAUGUCAGGGUUUAAUGUCCAAGAGUGUGAUUUUGUCUGAAAAAAGAAUUAUAUUUUGCAAGUUUAUGAAAAAAAUAAAGGAUAUUUUACAUUACUUCUAGUAGACUUCGAUAGAAUGUGUAGCAUCCUUCAGGCAGCACAAAAAUUAUCGUUUCCCCUAGGACUUUUGUUUGAGACACUCUUUGCAGUGUCUUGUCAAGUAUUUGUGAACCUUUGUGGUAGGAAUUUGAAUGAUCUUUUUACCAUUUUCCCAUACAUUCAGUGUUCUUUUAGAUGCUCGUUUUCAUGGUGUGGGAGUGGAGAUGUCCUCAUCAUAUGAUAGGAAAUUGUUACACAAUUAGCAUUGAUUAGUGCUUCACUAGUCAAGAAAUCUUUUCUGUAGUGUUAGGAGUCUGUGAUUAAAUAGUUGAAGACAGCGAACUGCGGAAGAUAAAAUAACACUUCCUUCAUACUCUUUAUUGUCUUUUGUAUUACAUGGAGAAAUUUCUUUAUUUUCACAAUUGUUAUGGACUGCCGCUGCUCAAUGUGUUGAUUUAUGCCUGGCUUUGGCAGCUGUUACAACUUGAUGUCGUGUGUACAAAUUUGUUUGGUUUAUGAUUAUUGCAUGAGAUCAGGGAUUAUAAAAUGCCCCAAGCAUUAAUUCAUGUUGCUAUCUCAGUGCAAAUUGCAAUGCAGGAUUGGCAGUGAAGGUUGGAAUGGUGCGAUGAUGAUGAUGAUCUCAUUUUGAAAAUAUUGGCUGACCCUAGUAAUGUGAUGAUUCUGAAAUGUCUUUAUUGGCUUUUGAUGAUAAUUCUGACAGCUACUGUGACUUAUGUAGGUUGGCUUAUUACUGCAAAGACCAAACAGGAAUGUGUUGGGUGUGUGAUGAGGGAGGAAAAUACAAAUUAGAGAAGAAAAAUGGGCACUUGGUAAUGUCUAGUGAUCUAAGUGGCCCUUAACCUGUAUUCAGUGAAGAUUCAUUCUUCCACUGUCAUAUUCAAUUUGUAAAGAGAGGUGCAUAAGAUCAAAAUGAAGUCCACUCUGGCAGUAUUAAGAAACCUCAUUGAUAAAUCAAUGGAAGUCUAUUUUGGCAGUGAAUGUGUUAACAGUGGAGAGAGUUCUUCCUCCAAGACCAUAUCCAUAUGCUUCUUCGUCACAGGAAUGUCUUUACUUUUGCAUAUUUCAAAUGAGGUAUUUGCCAUACUACCAUUCAUAAGCCUAUUGAAAGGAGUGGGAUAUUGAUGAGAAAAUGUUAUAGUGUCAGUCAUUUCCAGUCCAUUAACUGUGCUUAUCAUUUAAAGUUAACUAUGAGGAAAUGUCUAUUCGGGAAUGAAUCAAGGUGUUAGAAUUGUGAUACUGAGCAAUAAUUACCCUCUUCUAAAUUUUAUUGAUCUCAAAUUUAUGAUACCUAAUCUUCAUAUAAAUUCACAUGAAACAAGUAUAACAUUUAAAGUUAAAAGAAUUUUGGUUAUUCUAAAAUUAAAAUUUAAAUCCUGUAAAUAUAUUAAACUUUUGUAUGUAUAGAGAGUUCUAAGUAGAAAAAAUGAUAGUUAAUGGUGUAGUAAGAUAAAUUGUAAUAUAGGGACCAUAGUACAAGAAUGUAUUAAUAAUUUUAUAAGAACCUCUGGGAUGAAACUGUUUUGGGCAUAGGAAGUCAUGAUAUUUUUGGGAAUUUCGGUUUGUGGUAAGCACAUGUUCACAUAUUUUUGUACAAAAUAACAUGGAGCAUGGUGUAUAUACAUCUGUGUAAGAAAAUAAAUUAAGGUUAUUUUUACCCACAAAACAUAACUAACUAGAUGGCUUACCGAACCCGAAGAUUCAUCA